AUGGCGUUGUUGAUUCCCAACAGUCCUACACUGCUCCAGAUCAGGAGGCAGAUCCUGAUGGGGAGGGAAGGAGGGGUGGGAGGGGGACUGAAUGCCUGGUUUAUAGUAAAUAGUAGAAGGAAUUGGAAAAAAGAGAAGAUGCCUACUCCAGAAGAGGAAAUGGAUGACUGUGAGCCUGUUUUGGCUGCAGAGCCCAAAGCCAAGGACCCCUUUGCACACUUGCCAAAGAGUGCAUUUGUCAUGGACAAGUUCAAGAGAAAAUAUUCCAAUGAGGACACCAUGACAGUAGCCCUUCCCCACUUCUGGGAGAAUUUCGACCAUGAGGGAUACUCAAUCUGUCUCCAAAUACCCCGAGGAGCUCACCCUUACCUUAAGAGCUGCAACCUUAUCACAGGUAUGUUCCAGCACCUGGACAAACAAAGAAAGAAUGUCUUCGUCAGUGUCAUCUUGUUUGGCCCCAACAAUGACAGCUGCAUCUCUGGUAGCUGGGUCUUCAGAGGCCAGGAACUAGCCUUCACUCUGUCUGACUGGCAGAUUGACUACAAAUCAUAUGACAUGGUAAAGGAGUAG